ACCGACCCGAUGAAACAUGGGUUUAGGGUUUAAGCAAAAAGCAAAGACGCUUCCUUCUUUUUUUCUGAUCCCAGUAAUCAGAGCCGUUACUGACAAAAAAGAAAAUCCUAAAACCUUUGCAUACCUUAAUAAAUCCCAACACCUCUGCAACUGUUCUCUUUCACUCUCACGCACUAUUUUUUUUUUUUUUUGUCUUAAUUGAAAAAUGGAUAAGAACAUUUUUUCAGACUUGGAUAGUUUUCCCGAAGAAGAUAAGCAAAGAAUGUCCACCAUGGUAGACCAGCUCCAAUUCCGAGACAGUCUAAGGAUGUAUAAUUCAUUAGUGGAGAGAUGUUUCAAGGAGUGUGUCAAUUCAUUCUAUCGGAAAUCCCUGACCAAGCAAGAGGAAACUUGUGUUCUCAGAUGUGCUCAAAAAUUCUUGAGGCUUUCAAUGCAAGUUGGUUUGAGAUUUUCAGAUCUCAACCAAGGAGCCUCUACGACAGAUAAAGGUGUUUAUGAAUAGCCUCUUGACGAUAGAUUUUGUAUCACCUAUAAAUCAUUUUUACUAUAUUGAUGUCCUAUUUUAUUGUUAUUAACCAGGAAUGUUUAUUACCUGUCAUUGUGAAAUUCCUUGGAUAGAAUAAAAGGAAAUGGAAUUGUUUAUGGCUUUGACA